AUGGAAGUGUACGUCGAUGACAUGAUCGUUAAGUCAGUUCUGGGGUCGACUCACCACGAGGACCUAUCGGAAGCCUUUGGCAAAAUCCGGAAGCACGACAUGAGGCUCAAUCCGGAGAAAUGUUCUUUCGGAAUACAAGGGGGUAAAUUUUUAGGCUUCAUGAUUACGUCAAGAGGGAUUGAGAUUAAUCCGGACAAGUGCAAGGUGAUAUGGGAGAUGAAGAGCCCAAGCAAUGUGAAAGAGGUGCAGCGGCUAACCGGGCGAAUCGCAGCUUUGUCUCGAUUUCUACCUCAUUCGGGUGAUAAGUCAACUCCGUUUGUCAAAUGCCUUAAGAAGAACGCAGCAUUCGAGUGGAGUCCGGAAUGUGAAGAAGCUUUUACUCGCCUCAAGGAAAUGUUGUCAGCACCACCUGUCCUUUCGAAACCCGUCCAAGGUCUUCCCCUGCAUUUGUACUUCUCCGUGGGAGAUCACGCGAUCAGCUCGGUAUUGCAGAAACCAGAUUUGUCAGGAAGGCUCGUCGCAUGGUCAGUGGAGCUGUCAGAGUAUGGAUUGCAGUAUGAUAAAAGGGGGAGAGUUGGGGCGCAGACCUUGGCAGAUUUUGUGGUAGAAUUGACACCCGAGGAAGGAGAAAGAGUAAACACACAAUGGACGUUGUUCGUCGAUGGUUCGUCGAACGACAACGGAAGUGGAGCCGGAAUCACACUGCAGGGGCCGGGAGAACUGGAGUUGGAGCAAUCUCUUAGAUUCCAGUUCAAGGCCACUAACAACCAAGCGGAAUAUGAAGCUCUAAUUGCAGGACUAAAGCUGGCGAUCGAGGUGCAAAUUGACAGUUUGUUGGUAAGGACGGACUCGUUGUUAGUGGCAAAUCAGGUUAAUGGGGAGUUUCAGGUCAAAGAGCCGGCUUUAAUAAAGUAUCUAGAGCACGUACGGUCGCUUAUGAGUCGAAUAAAGGAGAUUGUGGUCGAGUACGUGCCGAGGACACAAAAUCAAAGGGCUGAUGCCCUAGCUAAGUUGGCUAGCACCAGAAAACCCGGGAAUAACCGAAGCAUGAUUCAGGAAACACUCACCAACCCCAGCAUAGAGGGAGAACUAGUGGCCUCAGUAGAUCGCCAGGCAACUUGGAUGAACCCCAUCAUUGAUAUCUUGGCGGGUGAGCCAGGCGAUGUGAUAAAAUACUCAAAGGCUCAAAGGAGAGAAGCAGUGCAUUACACGUUGCUCGAUGGCAUCCUUUUCAGGCAAGGAUUCACUUCGCCCCUCUUAAGGUGCCUACCGCCAGAAAAGUAUGAGGAUGUCAUGACGGAGGUUCACGAGGGGCAUCCCCUAGGUCAACGCCAGCAACCCCCGGAGGAUCUUCAGCACCUUCCAGCCCAGCAGGUGUAA